AUGUUUGCUUGGCACGAGUUCUUCUUCCGCUCCGGCUCUUCCUCCCGAGGACCCUCCAUUUGCCGUACCGAAUCCGCACACCCUCGGCCCUCCCCGCGUCUUCGCCACCCCACUCCAGAGGCGGCGCCUCCCUCCCCACACGACAUCCGCCCACCCCGCGUCCUCGCCAUCCCGCUCCAGCGGCCGCGCUCCCCCUCCCCGCACGGGAUCCCCCGCUCCCCGGCGCUUCGCCACCCUGCUCCAGCGGCCGCGCCUCCCCUCCCCGCACGGGAUGCGGCCGCCCCGACGUCUUCGCCACCGCGCUCCAGCGGCCCCUCUUGCCGUACGCCGCACGCCGCCGCGCUUGCCGAGCUGUUGCUGACAUCCGCAUCUUCGAGGGAUUCGUCGGGUUCGGCUUCUUCUCCACCCCCGCUUCCUCCACCCAGCCGGCGCCACGGGAGUCACGGCGGAGCCCGAGUCCAGCAGCAGAGCGGCGCUGAGUCUGCCUCGUCCUCCCACCCGCGCACCGCAGGCCUCCGACUUCAGGCACCCAUGUUCCAACUGAGGAUUGACGAGCCGGUGGACAUCGAGGUGGACGUGAUUCAUGUGGUCGCCAGACAGCAGCCGGCUUGUGUCUCAUAGAGGCUUACUCGGCACCAAGCUUGGAUGGCCCUUACGAGUUCGACAUCGCUUGUGUCUCCACGCAGGCGUUCCUAGUCAUCACUCUCGGUAUUCUGCUGCUAGCUCUCGCUGUCGCAUAUCUGUUAGCGUAUCUGUCAUCCUUCGUUUAUCCAUCUCCAUCGUUCAGCAGCUAGCUUUAGAUGCACAUGAAUUUUGAUCGGCAUGAGUACCGAUGGGUACUAACCAAGUAGGUUUAACUACAAGUAUUCUGGGUUUUUACUACGUAUGGACGGACGAAGAGGUAUUGAAGCAAUUGUAUCUACUCUUAUAUCGGGUGUUGUAUGUAUUGGACGGGUCCAUGUACGGUUGGCAGACAAUGAAUGGAAUACGUAGGAUAUAGUUUGAAAAAUGGGAGUGUCUAGAACUCAUCUAGCGGAGUUAUAAUAUGAUAUCAUUCAUUUGAUGUUUCA